AUGCUCGUGGAAGAUUACGGUCCCAUGAGGCCUGCCUCAACUGCAGGUAAGAAGAGCGAACAGCUUAUCUAUUGGAGUGGGCCUGAUGUCAUACAGGAGAAAGAAAACCCGAUGUCCGGCCGAGAAACCAUCCUGCUCGAGCUGUGUGCGCCUGAAUCAACCAUGCCUUUAUACAUCGAUAUCGCGAAGCUCCAGGGGUGGACCAUCUGUAUGCUCGCUUUCCUUGAAGAGAAAGUCAACCUCAUUCUCAGCGGCUCUAGGCCAACACAAGACAUUCAACCAGAAAAACCGCGCGAUGGAGGGAAUGGAAUUUCCGACACAACUUAUUCAACGCGAGCGCCUUCGAAUGAACCUAUUAGCGUUGUGCACGAUCCUUUCUUCCUCGGAUUUGGCUAUGAGGACUCGACUUCCCAACCAUCAUCAUCUGCGAUCGCCAAAGCGAUCGAUCUUUACUUUGAAUAUUGCCAUCGCCAGCCAAUUUGGUGUUUUAAUCGUGAAGAGGUCUCCGAUCCAAGCUGUCUUUCGGAAGAGCUUGUCUGUUGCCUUCUGGCGCUGACUUCGCGGUUUUCAAGAGACAGGGAUCAUUUAGAACAUUAUGGCGACAGUGCAAGAAGCUUGGUUAUGCUUCGCAUGGCCAAUGGCACGGUGGAACUGGAGACCAUCGAGAGUCUUUGUCUGCUCGCCUAUUCUUCGUUCUUAGAUGGAAAUAUUCAUCUCGGUCGCUUCCAUCUCGGCCUUGCAUUACAUCUCUGCCGGUCAGCAACGCUGGAUCUGGAAUCGUCAUAUGUCGGCGAAGGUCCUAUUACUGAGCGCAAGAAGCGUUUGUUUUGGAGUCUCCAGUGUCUCGAGCAGUCCUACGGGCAGCAAAACGGGUUCCUUUGUGUUCCAUCUGAGAUUUUGCGUGCAUUCUAUGUGUCAUCGAGCAGCGACCGGAUGGGACAAAGUGAGAGCGAGGCAAAACCUCCACCACUCCCGACCGACGAUCUGGGUUGCUUGACCUCAUCCGAUAUAGGGAUUUGGAGCUUGGCAGCUCACUUCGGCUGGGUCUGGAGCAGAGUACGCACAUAUGUUUCCGAUUGUGCGCGGAACAGAUUGAAGGAGCCCUGGAGAAAUGACUCGAUGUAUGCCAUGGUGCUCUCCGACCUUACAGAAAUCGAGAACAAACUUUCCCAGUGUCACCGUUACGAUUCGGUUAAAUUCUACGAGCGUACGGCAGAGGAACUGGCAAUGAAUCGAGAUUACUGGGCUCCUUGGCUCAAGUUGCAAUUCACCUAUCAUUGCAUUCUUACCGUUCUCAACCACCCCUUCCUUUACAUCAUCGCAUCACAGUACAACGACAACCUUGCAAUUCCUAACGCCUUUUGGAGACGCUCCUCUGAGCUGGUUCUCUUACAUGCCACCUGGCUCGUCCGCAUGAUAGACAUGGUUUCGGAGAAGAAAAUGCGAUUGAUCGAUCCAUUCUUUGGAUACGCCGCUGCCAUUGCAGCUACAGUGCAUCUGUACUAUUGCUGUGCUGCGGAUCCCCGACUCAAAUACAAAUCCAAGGUGGACUUUACAAAAUGCAGAAAGUUCCUCAAAACGUUUGUGAGCUUCUCGUCUGCCUGUGCAGUCUUGGAUCAAACUUUGGACAAGAUGACGCGGAUUGCUUCUGGCUCGGAAGAUGUCGAUUAUGACUGGGAGCCUGAGAAAAUUCAUCUCAGUAUUCCGUUGAUGUGGGAUGUCCUUCAGGUCAACUGUAAACCCAAGCCACAUGAAGUGUCUACAGGCGGCUUGUUACAUCCAUCAUUAACUCCGACCGUUUCAACAGAAGAGGCGGAUGACAGUCCCACCUCCACUCUAGAGGUCAUUGUCGCCAUGUCUCCGAAUGUCACCGUGAACACUGCGGAUGGCGGUCAAGCUGCCCAUAUGCCUCCGAAUCUAGCACGCACUUCGACCGCAAAUUAUUCACCAGACUUGGGCGUCGGCGAAAAGCUACUUGCACCAGCUGACAGUCUAAUGACCAACACUCCCUGGCUAUGGGCUGACCCCUCACAAUUUGUUGACCUGGAAAACAGUGUGGGAUACACAGAUUCAGAAUCGGCCUUCGGCAACAUUGAAGGAUUUUCCACAUGGUGGGACUUUGGAAACUUAUAG